AUGGGACAGACGCUGUGCAUAUGCUCCCGUGCCUCCAUCACCAUUGAUAACAAAAAAUAUUACUUUGUCCAGAAACUAGACGAAGGUGGGUUCAGUUAUGUUGAUCUGGUUGAGGGGGUAAAGGAUGGGCACUUCUAUGCCCUGAAGAGGAUUCUGUGUCAUGACCGUGAGGGCCGCCAGGAGGCUCAGACAGAGGUGGAGAUGCACCAGAUGUUUAAUCACCCCAACAUCUUGAACCUGGUUGCGCAUGCUUUUGUUGAUCAUGGAGGGAAGAUAGAAGCCUGGUUACUUCUGCCUUAUAUAAGGAAAGGCAGUCUGUGGUCUGUUCUAGAGAAGCUAAGAGACAAGGAGAGCUCAAUGCCUGAAAAACAGAUUUUGCAGAUCUUUCGUGGUAUCUGCUCUGGACUCAAGGCCAUUCAUGACAAAGGCUAUGCACACAGAGACUUAAAGCCCACAAAUGUGCUUCUGGAUGAGGACGACAGGCCGGUUCUGAUGGACCUUGGCUCAAUGAACCGUGCCAGGAUUGAGGUAAGAGGAUCCAGAGAAGCCAUGACCAUACAGGACUGGGCUGCCCAGCGGUGCACCAUUUCCUACAGGGCUCCUGAACUCUUCAAUGUUGAGAGCCACUGCAUUAUAGACGAGCGCACUGAUAUCUGGUCACUUGGCUGUGUGCUUUACUGCAUGAUGAUGUUGGAGGGGCCGUAUGAUCUGGUGUUUCAGAAGGGAGACAGUGUUGCUCUGGCUGUGCAGAAUCCGGUGUCCAUCCCUUCAUCUUGCAGGUACUCAGAGGGUCUGCAGAUGCUGCUGAGCUCCAUAAUGGUGUCAAACCACCAGGAGAGACCGAACAUCAACUGGGUUCUUGACCAGGUACAGGACCUGCAGAGUCGCAGCCCAAACACCCAAAGCAACAUGGUCUGAUCCUGCACGGUGCACUAAAUGUAUGGUCAUGUAGACCUUUGAACACACAAGGAACAUCUUUUAGUUCCAGGUUGAAAUUCUUUCAUUUAUUUAUUGACUUUAAUGUACCAGUUUUCACUCAUCUUGAGGAGCUUGGCAAGAGUUUAGUUUGAAUGAUCCUAUCCAGUUCUAACUAAACAUUCGUAUCAUCCUCCAAAAUCUCUGAAGAAAUGCCUUAAGUUUAAAUACACCAAGAAGUUUGACAAUUGUGGCACUGGUUACUUGUGUGAUAAUGAAGUGGCUCUGUUUUGUAAUCCUGAAGUUAAAAGUUCUUCCAAGGGUAGAAUAAAGAGUUGGAUACCACUCUUGCCAAUUCAGUUUGAGGCUGCAGCCAGCAGCAUGAAAUUUUAGUUUAUUUAUAGGAGUAUGAAGAGGACAGAAGGCUAGCUUUGCUGCUCUGUGUAAAGGUUCAAAAACUGGUCUACAGUCACUUGAAAUUCAGUUAUGAUCAAAAGCUGCCUAGCUACUGGCUGUGGCUUUAUAAAAUAAGCAUAUUUCUAUCAUGGUUUUAUGAAAUUCAACUGUUUUGGUCGAUUCUAGUUUGUUCGGUUUUUUUUUUUGUUUGUUUGUUUUUUAUGAGAAUGGUGAGAACUUAAUAGGUUUGACGGACUUUCCAGUAAAUGAAAGCUACCUUAGAUGACAUUCCCUAGAGAAAUAUGGUCCACUUCCUGUUGUGAAUAUGUAACACCUUUUUGGUUACACGUUUACUGUAAUCGUUGGCUUUCUCCACACUGGAGCUGGAGAAAAGAGACAAGGUGUUCCUCACCUGCAUUUCUCCACAUAUUCGAUUGCGUACACAAAACAGAAAGAAUAAAAUGAUUGGAGAAGGCAUCUAAUGUUACACCGGUGAAUUCAAAUUUUAAUCACAUUCAGGAAUUACUUAGAAAUGUUUGUAACCCAGAAAUGUAUAAAUCAGUCAUGAUUUUCUGUGACAUUAUAGGUUGAUGUUUUGUUUUUUGUUUUUAACUUCACUUUUCACCAUAUUGUGUUUUUAACAGUUAAACAUUUUCCAUUCCAGUUAAGUUUGUGUUUAAUUUUCACUCAUGUGAAUAGUGUUUCUCACUUUAGUUCUCUCAGGGUACGCAAACAUCUCAGAGGGUCUGAUGGACUUUCUUAGUAGAUCUUAAUGGUACCUUUUAAAUGGUUACUAGGCAGAGUAAUGUUUUGGGCAUUUAAAAUUUAAUGCGUUUGUGACUGUAAUGCAGUAAUAAAGUAAAACUAAGAAUUGUCCUAGAUAGUUCAGUUAAUUGUUGGUAUGUACUGGAAUGGGAUUUGACACAGCAUUUAACUGUAUUAUCUCCUUCUAAGGUUGUAAUAUGUAAACUGACUAUGAACUUCUGUGUGGCUUUUAAUGGCAAAGUAAAACUGGUUUGAUGCCUACAGUGAGAAAUUUUUCCUGUAUUUCAAAUGCACUGGUGAAGAUCACAGAUAAUAGGAGUGUGUUAUUUGAUCAUGUACAAUUCUUUUGCAAUUAUGUUUAUUUUAUCUUGUUCACUGUAUAGUAAA